GAAAAAUGGAAUCCUCUAACAUCCCGGAUCAAGAAGUCCAAAUGGAAGAAGAGGAAGAACAAAAGCCAAUCUUGAUGGAUCCUUAUAAAUCAGUGAUUGAUGUGAGUAAUCUGACCAAUAAAUAAAGAAGGGAUUUCAUGUUCAUACUGAGGAUCCAAGGAUAAGACCAGAUUCCGAAUGGGAUUCAAAACUACCAAGCUUAGUGUAUAUCAUCUUGAGACACUCAUUGAGAAAGGAUUCAGCAAACGAGGAGGCACUACUAUAGAAAAAGGGCUAAAUGAUAAAUCUUGUUGCCAUAUCUUCAAUCCUAGGGUGGGCAUCACUGAGUUUAAAAUCUCCAAACAGCAAAAAUAAACACAUGAAGAGGUUCAAUCAGUACAUGAAUGGGCAGAGAGAGCUAAAAAUAGAGCCUGUCAAGUAUUCAUUACACACUGACAAGCAAGUAUUUAUUGGCGCUUGUAUGAGAAAUGGCUUCCAGAAAGAUAUUGCAAGUAUAGAUAAUUGGGUCAAGAGUGGAUUAGUUAAAACUCUGAACUCAGACGAUCAGAAAAUAAGCAGUGCUCUCACUGAAGACCUAAAGGGCAUGCUCAAGCUGAGAAUUAAGAUUGAUUUCUCUGAAGACAUCUACAAUCUCGAAAGCUUCACAGAACAAGAGGAGGUCCAACUAGUCAUGACUUGAGACCUCAAAGCACUCUUUGCAAAGCACAAGCUUGAUGAUGACUUCAUGAGUGCCUUCUUCCCUGUCUUCAUGAGCAAUCUGAGGGAAGACCAAGACCUCUGCGAACUAUAUGAGAUAACUGAGAAUUGAAAAGAGUAUGCAAUUCAAAUAUCAGGAGACAAAAGAAGAAUGAGUGGAUACCAGCAUAACUUGGAUCGACAAGAGGAUUUAUCUAAAUAUGAGCCUGACAUUUAUGGAGAGAAGAGGUAUAAAGUUACUGGAGAAGAAUCUAAACUAUCAGUCGCGGCAGGAAAUAAAAGAGAGUAUACUGAAUUCUUUAAGGAGUUCUGUCCGAACCCUGUUCCUAAGGAAGAAAGAAAGCACCAUUACACAGUUUCGUUACAUCCAGCCAUUUUCACUCCUGAAUCUUUUGAGAUUUACAAAUUGUUUGAUAAAGAAAUCUUCGAUAAGGAUACAGCUUCUGAGAGUUAUGAGAGAUUUCUUUGAAGCUCUUCUCUUUUUGAUCCUAAAGAUCCUAGAGAAAUAAAGACCUUCAAAGAUGGAUUAAAGAUCAAUGGAAAUAAUAAAUUUGUUGAUUCUGGAGUAUAUCCUGAGUUCCUUGGAUCAUAUCAUCUGUAUCAUAGGAUCGAUGGGGCUCUGUUCGCUGUCUCUGCGAUCGAUAUACUCCCUCAUAACCUUAUCUCCGCCUUCUGAAUGUAUCACCCAGCUUAUAAGUGUUUAUCUCCAGGCCAUUUCACAGCUAUUAGAGAAAUUGAAUAUAUGCUGAUGAUCAGAGAGAAGUUUAACGAGAAUAUGAGAUACUAUAGUCAGAUGGACAUUGUAGUUGGAUGACCAAAGACUGAGUACAAAGAGCAUGUAAAGCCAGUUUAUCUCAAAUGCCCACUCUCUUUGGACUGGGUGCUUCUCACAAAGGAAAUCAAAGAAAAGAUUGCAUCUAAGAAUUAUAAUACUCUAGAUGAGUCCUCAGCUCCUGUUUCUCCUCCCAAAGUUGAAGAGUUUUUCAAAUGGAUUGGUGAAUCUGUAAUUCACACUCAGACAGAAGUCCUUCCUCUGAAUGCAAUCGUUCGGAGCGUUCUUGAAGAUCUGAUACUGAUAUUUAAGGAAAUCGGGUCGGAGAUGAAUGAGAUGUUUUGAUUAGAACAUAAAUAGUUUCAAUAGCAUUGAAA